AUGCCCAUCUUGGCCACUAUCCGAGAUGUCCUGGCCGAGCUCAUAGGUCCAUGGACUUUCAUGGCCAUCUCAGCCUCUCAUAUUCCUGCAACAAUUCGUGGACUUAUCCGUGACAAGAACUAUCGCGCGCUCUUCUCCUUCGAUGGAUUCCGCGAAGCCCUGUUUGGCACAUUUUGGGCCACCGUCGGGCCAAAUGUCAAGCUCAACGCCGAGCAGCGAGUCAUUCCUCUUCUUGAAGGUCGUAUCAAGGGCGGUGUCAUCCACGACGACGUCGUGAGCACUCCGGUUUAUGGCACCGUCAUCGAGGUCGGCGCCGGAAGUGGCAUGUGGGCAGAUGUUUUUGCCCGUUUCCGUGAGAACACCAGCGAUGCCAACAACGCAGACGGCCUUCGCAACAGGAAAACCACGGGCGGCCACAUCACCAAGAUUUAUGGCGUCGAGCCCAACCCCAUUUCUGCUAAAGCGCUCGAGAAACGUGUAAAGGACCUUGGCAUGGAUGACACCUAUCACGUCGUCCCCGUCGGUAUCGAAUCCGUUGAUGACUCCUCUGCGUGGAAUGGCAAGAUUGAGCCGGGUAGCGUUGAUUGCAUCGUCGGCGUCCUUUGUCUGUGCAGCAUUCCUGACCCCGAGAAGAACAUCAAGCUCUUGUACAAGCUGCUCAAGCCAGGCGGGCACUGGUACGUCUAUGAGCAUGUCAGGGUUUGGCGCGGAGGCCCGUUGAUCAGCCUAUAUCAGCGCUUCACCAACCUCGUUUGGCCACACUUCUUGGGCGGAUGCCAACUUUGUCGCGAUACCGAAAAGAAUCUUAGGGCCGCUGGUCCCUUCCAGGAGGUCGACCUCGCACAGCCCGCGGGUUCGUCUUCGUACCAGAUCUUGCCUCACAAGAUUGGCACUCUGACGAAAUAA